AUGAACCCUCUAACGUUAUCUCCCCUCCCCAUGCACUCUCUGCUAGAGAUGGACAACACCGAGACAGACCUCGAGGAAGGCCUCAGUCUCUCUGUCUCCGGGCCCUCUUCAAUGGGAAGCAACUUCUCGACAUCUUCAUCAAUGUACGACUCCUUGAGCCCGCCGUCUGGCCGCUCAACGCCUCAGAGGCCAGUCGAAUUCAGCACGGCAUACAGCAACACCAUGCAAUUUGAUUUCUCGUCUCCGCCAACAGCCCACGGCACCGCUUAUAUGGGCCACGCAUUCGAGCAUCAGAUGGGCCGCGCGACCUACAUGGAGGGCUCCUCGUCCGAGGGCUACCCGCCAAUUCGAGCCAGAAGGAACUUGUCCGAGUCUGACGCCUUUGGCGGAUUCGAUUACAGCACCUUCCUGGAGUCGCCCAUGACUCAGACGUUUCAAGCCCAGGUUUCCCCUUCGUACGGAGGAACACUCGUCGAUACUACUGAGUUUCGAUCUCACUCGUUCGACACGUCCCAAUUGACCAGCUCGACAGUCCGCAUGUCGGAAAUUGGAGAAAUGGCACCCUACCCCAUCAUCGACAGUUCUCUCAUCCGCAGGACACAAGUUCUCUCUCUCGGCCGGUCUGACUCGGAGCUUGGGGCCUCCCAGACCCUAGUAUCCCCGGUCGACACCAUAUCAUCUCCCGAGAUGGAAAGUGAUGACACAAUUACUCCUAGGCGCAGGAGGGCCUAUGUGGUUAGGCGCGCCGCCCAGCGGUCAGCGGCCCGAAGGGCCAGGCAGGCUUCGGGUAGUGGGAAUAAUGGAGAGUCUUCGCUUGGGCCCAUCGAAAUCAGGAGAAUCAGUCCUGGCGGCAACAGGUGCGAGUUCCCAGGUUGCCAUAAGGCAUUCAACCGAAAGGAACACCUCAAGAGGCACGAGUCAACGACCCAUCAAGGAGUGAGGAUUGAAUGCCCCUUCUGCAAGGAAAAGAGCGAAAAGCCAUUCAACAGACACGACAACUUCAAGCACCACAUCGGCAUCCACGCCCAGCCGCGGAACCACGGCCGGGUGGAAUACGUUCCCGAGGCGGCGGCCUACUACAGAAAGCUCGUCGCCGCAACCAAGCCCCGGAAGCCAAGUAAGAAAGCUCUCAAGGCAAAGCUAUGA